AUGGCUAUUUCGAGAGUCUUCUUAUCUGACCUAAAGCCCGGCAAAUGCUCUUCCGUCGUCGAAGCCCGGCUUCUACGGUUCUGGGAGGCGAGGAACGUCAAGCGCGGUGGCGAGCUGAUGUGGGUCGAUAUGCUGCUUAUGGACGUGAAUUCGACUUUGAUGCAAGCUACUAUCAACGCGAAUCGGCUUCCAAAGUUCCAAGAUAGGCUCGCCGCCGGGACGAUUUAUUCUGUUUCUGGCUUUGACGUGGCCCGCUGUGCUCAGAACUUCAAGCUUGCGGACUCUUCUUUGAUGAUCCGGUUUAGCGAUUCCACCGAGUUUGACGUGUUAUCUGAUCCGGUCUCGCCAAUACCUGCGGAGGGGUUCCGGUUCCGUAACCAAAGCGAGUUGGUUGGUUUAGCCAAUACAAACACUCACCUUCCAGAUAUUAUUGGUGAGAUAGUGUUGGUGAAGAGCACCGUGUCUGACCCUCCGGAGGACAAAAACCGUGUCAUGGUCACCGUCAAACUAGAAAAUGAUGUGUCUGUCCCUCUUAGUUUGUUCGACGCUCAAGCCGUUUCGUUUCACCAGAAGCUUGGAGGCAUGUGUGGUGAUCCUAAAGUGAUUGUUGCCACAAGCAUAAACCCGAAGAUGGUUGGAGGUCGUUUAUUCCUCAACGCGACUUCAGGGACGCAUGUUUAUUAUGAUAAGGAGACACAUGCAGGGGAGUCCUUAUUUUACCGAUUGGUGGCUAGAGACACUGGUCUUCCGUCCGCCGCACCUCUCUUGAGGUCUUAUGCGAAGGUUGAGCCUAUGACAAUUGCUGAGCUUAACAAUUUUAUCACUACGGAUCCACCACAGCAUGAAAUAGAUUUCUUAAUCACUGAGAGAGUUUCUCGAGUUGAAGCGGACAAAGGGUGGUGCUAUGUUGCGUGUUCUAAGUGCAGCAAGAAGUUGCAGCGCACUGUCACAUCUUUCGAAUGUGCGCGCUGCAGUAAUCCUCAUGCGGUCGGAUCUCUGCGUUAUCGCGUUGAGAUGGUUGUAACUGAUGAUACUGCGGAAGGGACAUUUGUUUGCUUUGAUGGUGUUAUGACUAAGUUGCACAAUCUCAGGGCAAGUGAGGCGGCUCAGUUACUGGCUGAAGAAGGAGUGAACCCUGAGGAAUCCGCGAUGCCUCCGUUCGUUGCAGGAAUGGAGGGCAAGACCUAUACUUUCCAGGUCCGUGUCACAUCCUACAACUUCACCGUCAAUCACCAGACGUUCACCGUGUCACGUAUCAUCAAUGAGGUUGAGCAUGCACCAGCUCCAGAUUUUGUCGAUGAUGGGGGUGACGACAAUGAUGAUGAUGAUGCUCCAAACGGGACGAUCGACCGUGAGAAGUCUGGUUCCGGCAAGGGCAUUUGUGAGUCAUCAAAGAGUGCUGGAAAGGAGCCAGCCGGUAAUAUGCGCAAGAGGGCGCGUAUUGCUUGAGAUGGACCUUCGAUAACCAUCUCUCGACGUUCUGCAUCUCAAUAAUGUUUCCGCAUUCUACUUAUUCUCAGCUUUCCUAUAUCUAUGUUAUGGAUUUUCUACAU